UCAUGGCAAACACUGAAACUCCACCGCAGGCGAACGGAGCGAUGCUCAUCCGCGAGGACAAAGCUGGUGCCCGCAGGGCUGGGGGGGCACAGUGAGCACUGUCCCACUGAGCCCUGUGGGCCAGGCACCGCGAUUGACUGCUGUGGCUGCUCCUUCCCCUCGUUAUCUUCAAAAAGGAGGGAGCCCUGCUAAUGAGACUGUUAGAAAACACGGCUCUCGCAGGCCGCACGCAGCUCUGCUUCCUAUGCAGGAAAUACAGCUUAAUUAACGUGGACAAAUGCUUUUAGCUGCACAUCGCCCUAAUGGCACAAAAGUCCCAGAGGGCAGUGAUGCUGUGGGGACAUCAAGAAUGUGGGGCUGUCACUGUCUGGUGACUCUAUCACAUCGGGCAGCCGGGGACCAAGUUCCUCCUGUUUUCAAGGUUUUCAAGGCCAUUCUGACAUCAGGAGGUGUCGCUGCCCCCCUUGAACAUUCUGUACCCAACCACGCACCUGGGACCCAUGGAAACGCAGACGGACCCCGACACGGCCGCAGCCUUGGCCAUCCAGGCGUGGUGGCGAGGGCAGCUGGUGCGGAGGGCACUGCUGGUGGCGGCCAGCAGCGCACGGCGCAUCCAGGGCUGGUGGCGACGGGUGGGCAACCAGCGGAGGGAGCAGCAGCGCCUGUGGGUGCUGGCAGAGUACAUCAAGCUGGAGAGAGCCAUUGUCCUGCUGCAGGCUCAGGUCCGGGCGUGGGUGAUGCGGACAGAGUACAAACGCUGCCAGGAGGCCGCCCGCACCAUCCAGACUUGCUGGAGGGAGUACGUGCAGCGCCAGGCUGGAAAGUGCACCAAGGAUGUGGAUCUGCACAUUGACAUUGUCCUGGGUAUUCCGAGUGACUGUGGAGCCCAGAGUGAAUAAAGCACCAUCCCCACGGAGGGAUGGCCACCUGCA